CUUGACUUCUCUGUGUCCAUCCCCCAUAUCGCCCAAAACAAUGGCCAAGCGCAAGAGAAACGAUCCUCCUAAGGAGGACAAGUCCACCGAGAGCCCCGCCAAAACCGUCAAGUCCGCUCCCACCCCGUCACAAGCUCCAGAUGCUGCUGUCACGGUUCAAGUAGUGACCGGCUCGUAUGAGCGCGUGUUGCACGGCUUCACGGCUGGUAUUCCUGCUGCCAGCUUCAAUACCAUGAAGGACACUUCCAAGGGCUCGACAAACACUGUUCAAUGCGUCGAUACCUUCUUGUUUGAGGCCCAUGGAUCUGCAAUUCGCUGUCUGGCGCUCUCCCCGCUACCCAAGGCCACCGACUCGCCGGACGCCCAAAAGGUCAUCAUGGCCAGUGGCUCCACCGAUGAGCGCAUCAACCUCUACUCGCUGUCCGCUGCCCCUCCUGCCGUCAACGACGAGUACCCUUCUGUGCCAACACUGGCCGGAAAUAAAAUUCUCGAGAACCCAAAGAACCGCGAGCUGGGAUCCCUGUUACAUCACACCGCCAGUAUCUCCUCCUUGAGCUUCCCCUCCCGCAGCAAGCUACUUGCCGGUGCGGAGGACAAUACUAUUUCCGUCUCCAAGACCCGUGAUUGGACUGUGGUUUCAACCAUCAAGGCGCCUAACCCAAAGGUUCAAGGCCGCCCCAGCGGUGACACUGCUCCUCCAGGAGCUGCGCCGUCGGGAGUUAACCACUUUGCGGUCCACCCAAGUAUGAAGUUGAUGGUUAGUGUUGGCAAGGGCGAGAAAUGUAUGCGGUUGUGGAAUCUGGUGACGGGCAAGAAGGCAGGAGUCCUGAAUUUCAGCCGAGAUUUGUUAUCAAGUGUGAAGGAAGGAAAAUGGAGCAGUGGCGAGGGCAGGCGCAUCGCAUGGAACCCCGCUGGAGAGGAAUUUGCAGUUGCUUUUGAAUGGGGUGUCGUGGUGUUUGGCAUUGAUUCGACUCCCAAGUGCAGGAUUUUGCCGAGCCCACGGAGCAAGGUCCACCAGAUGAAAUAUGUCUCUAUGCCGGAGGGUGAGCAUCAGAAAGAUGACAUCUUGGCCGUUUCCACAGAAGACGGCCGUGUCAUCUUUUAUUCCACUGCCGAACUCAAAGACGCUGAGGAAGGCGAUGAUUCUGAAAUCCCCUACGCUUCUCCGUUGGCUCAGAUUGGCGGUAAACAAGUCGAGCUUCCUGGUCGUAUCAAGGAUUUUGAGAUCUUAAGCCUGGCCGAUCAGGCCAAGGAGAUUCGUGACGACUUCUUGGUCGUGACCGGUAACUCUGACGGCGUGGUUCGCAUCUGGAAGAUUACUGGAAAGGAUCUUGUCCCAGCGAAGCAGUCCAAGGAUAAGGAUACCAUCCGCCAGGUCGGCAACCUCUUGACUACCUACGAGACUGGAAACCGCAUUACAUGCAUGGCAUCCUUCGUCAUGCUUCCGGCGGAAGAUCCAUCCACGCUCUUUGAUUCAGACGGUAUAGACGAGGAUGAGGAAGAGGAGGCAGAAGAGUCGUCCAGUGAUGACGACGAGUAA